AAUAUGAGUAUAGCUGCAUAUGCGUAUGAAGCUGACAGAGCUAAACGUUUAUAUUUUGGUCAAUACUCUCUCACACUUACUGACAAAUAUAUUGUUAUCACUGAUGGAAAUACUGAGAAAUACAUAACAUGGAAGGACUAUGAAAAGUUUGACCCUAUUUUAACUCCAUGUACUAUGCCGUUUAUAAAGGACGGUGAAAUUAUUGAAAAAGAUAAUACAACCGUAUA